GAGGCCAGAACAGGCAUUAGGAGUCAGUUCCUGACUUUGCCACUGACUCACUGUCUGACCUUGGACAAGUCACUUCUCUCUGAUACUCAUCUCUCAAGAUACUCAUCAGGUUGCGUUGCAGGAAGUUCAGAGGCAGUUUUCAGCAUGACCCGGUUUUACUUCUGGUGCUGUGAGAUAAGAGCUAAUUGCCUUCAUGUUCCGUUUCCUGGCUUUUGACUGUUUUUAAUAACUCAACUACAACCACUUCUAAUUCCUGAACUGGAGAAGGCGACGGUCCACAUGAAGAAUCCCGAUCACGUGCAGCGCGUCAUCUCAGCGCUCAGGAAAGAGGGAACAGACAAACUGCAGGUCAUUUCGGACUUCGACAUGACUCUCAGCAGGUUUGGAUUUAACGGGCGACGAUGCCCCACUUCGCACAAUAUCCUAGAUAACAGCCGAGUCAUUAGCGAAGAAGGCAGGAAGAAGUUACAAGACCUACUGCACUAUUACUAUCCGAUUGAAAUUGACCCCAACCGGACCAUGGAAGAAAAACGUCCCCUCAUGGUGGAAUGGUGGACCAAAGCCCACGACCUUCUGUUGGAACAGAAGAUUUUGAAAAGUGACAUAGCCAAGAUCGUCAGAGAAUCCGAGGUGAUGCUCAGGGACGGAGCCAACACCUUCUUUGACCAACUCCACCAGCACAACAUCCCCUUGUUCAUCUUCUCGGCCGGCGUGGGCGAUGUCCUGGAGGAGGUCCUCCGGCAGGCUGAGAUCUUCCACCCAAACAUCAACGUGGUGUCCAACUACAUGGACUUCGAUGACAAGGGCGUCCUGAGACGAUUUAAAGGGCCGCUGAUCCACACCUACAACAAGAACAACUCGGUCCUGGAGAAGACGGAGCACUUCCAGCUGCUGAGCAGCAGGCCCAACAUCAUCCUGCUGGGGGACUCGCUGGGAGACCUGAGCAUGGCCGACGGGGUUCCCAACGUGGAGAACGUCCUCAGAGUCGGAUUCCUGAACGACAAGGUGGACGAGCGACGAGGAAAGUACCGGGACGCCUAUGACAUCGUGCUGGAGAAGGACGAGACUCUGGAUGUGGUCAACGGGAUCCUUUGUUACAUCCUUGGAGCCCUGAACUGAGAGCCCAGGAUCCUGACUUCGGCCUCUCAGGGUGGUGUCUUGGCACCGUGCUUCCCAUGGCAGAGUCAGGCCAAUUUGAAUCCAUCUUGAUGCCCUCGGGAGUUCCCUCCCCCCCACCUCCCGGCGCCCUCCUGGGCUUUUAUAAAUACCCUUUUGUUCGUCAGUCCGGGGGUUGAGGGGUGAGCUGGAGAAACUCUCUGCUUGCCCCAACUACCUCCACCAUGUCUCUGCUCAAACCCCAGCCCCCAAGCGGCACCGCUCCCGGCUCGUGUCCCAACCCCUGGAAGUUCAAGGCCACUAACGCAAGGUCGUCGUUUGGCUGGCGGCCUGGCUGGCGACUGUUACAUGGCUGCUGGCUGCAUGGUUCAGCUGCACAGCAGAGUUACAGCCUGUCCUCUGCUGGGGGGCGCAGGUGUCUGCAAUUUGCUGUGGAAACCCUACAAAUCCCCUGGUCAGUUCUCUGCUCCCUCUGCCUGCAACCUACUGGGACGUUCAUGGGCGUCACUGGUGGCUGGAGAGGGGACCAGAGAUGAUUUUAGAGGGCAGAAGCCCCACCCCUGUCUGUGCACCGACCUGUUAUGGGUGGAGCCUAGAGUUACUCAGACAGCAUGGUGGGUGCAGGUGGGAAAUACGGGUUGGGGGACCUGUCGCUUGGAACAUUAACACGUUGGGUGUGUGAGAUGAUUGCGCAGCUGCAGUGAUGCUUAAAGGGGUGGGACUCUUGUGAGGAUUCCUGUCCGAGAGCCGCUUGUGUGAUGAACACAAGGGCUGAGUUUGGUCAUCCCGCGGUGGGAGAGGGUUUGCUUGGCUGCUGUGUUUUGCUGGCAGAAGGACUGGGUUGUGGUGUGCACUGAAUCCCACUGGCAAACGGCUCUCGCUGGAGCAACGAGGCUUUGCUGGCCAUUCACGUUGCUGUGGAGUGGAAUUGUUACAGCUGGUAAGUCAGGCAGCAGGUUUGUCGUGGGUGGACGGGGGUGUUGGGGGACGCAGUGGUAGCCGUGGGUCCUUGGGGUGGGUAGUUUAAAGGUGGCUGGGAGGCAGGGAGGGCGGGCAGGCUAGUUGCGUGGGGCUUUUUGAAGUGUGACUAUUGUAUAACUAACCCCUUGUGCCGGUUCUGGGGUCUCAGGGCAGCACUUCUGUCAGCAGCAUAAAAUCUCUCUCCCUCAAAUGGAAAAAAAUGGAAAAGCAAAGCAGUGCAGCCCCUCUGGGAGCCUGUCUGCUGGGACUCCCUUCUGGGCGUGACAGUCACACUGGCCUGGAAGAGGGCUGACGCUAAGCGGGUGUUCUGGGUCCCCCACGUGUCCGUGGAAGCGCUGGGUGUACUUGCUUUACCGCACAGAAAGCUUUCUUUAAGGGUCGGCGUUUCCAAAGGAGCAGGAACCCCAUGUCCCUCAUGCCAAGUUCAGCCGUCUGGCCCGGGUACGUGAGAACUGCCCACCAUGGCAAUCUGGGCUCUGCCUCAAUGGCAUUUAACUCAUCCUAGGGGGACUCAGACUCCUGCACUCGGCAGCUGGAUGGGGACAGGCAGCUGCUUAUCGACUGAGCUUGGCCUGCAUGCUGCAAACAUUCUGGGAGUGCAGAUGGCUCUUUCAGAGCUCCCCGUCCCACCGUGUAAAACUCCAUCUCCUUUCACGCUGCUCCUGUCGGGGAGAGCCAGAGGCAGCUCCCACCCUGCAGUCUCCUCGGUUCCUGGCGAGGUGCUGUCCACGUGGCUGCCUCGCUGUGACCCAGCCUGGCACUAGCAACCCGGGCCCCUGCGUUGUUUGGUAAGCGAAGGCACUUGUCAUUUGGCUUGUAGGAGCUGGGCUGGUCCGGGGUCCCAGGCAGCCAUCUGGCUCGCUCGCUGUGUCACAGUCAGAUGUAAAUGUCACUUGGGCGGGGGGAGCAGGUUUUA